GCCCCUGGGUUUAGGAAAGCCGAAGAGCGAGGCAGUCGGAAGUCCAGCUUCUUGAGACCCCUCUGCGGAUAGAGUUCUUGUGCUCGGGUCUCUUGGGUGCGCGUCACCGAGCCGGAGGCAAGUCCGAAAUGACAGGAAUUGAAGACAAGGAGAGAAUCUUCAUUGUGUAAUUUGCUAAAACAUGUCUCAGAAAAGAUGAAGCCAUUGGAAUGAGAUGAAGAAGGGUUCCAAGAUUAGAUUUGGGAAAUAAAUGUGUAUUACAUUAUGCUCACCUCUAUGAUAUUUUCAGUACUGUUCGUAUAGUGUAAUAAACCAUUGAAAAGUGGUUACAAAACAGAGCGUAGCUGCACUGACUGGUCGAACCACAAAGCAGCCACAGAAAUGGAUGUGUUUCUCACGACCCAGCGCCACAAGACUACGGUCUCCAUAGAUGCCAAGGAGUUGAGCAUUGGUGUCAUCAUUCAGGGCAUCCUCAAGCAGCCGCCGGAUGAGCAGCGACUGUUCAAAAAUGAUCAGUUCCUCGACGAUGGAAUAACUCUAGGCCAGACAGCACAGCCACCGGCCCCAGCCACAGUGUGCCUGGUCUUUCCAGCAGGUAAUGCCUUCCAAGCCCUGCACAUUGAGCCCUUCUCCAGCCCGCCAGAGCUUCCAGAGGUGAAGAAGCCACAGGAUUCUGGAGACAGUGUCAAUGAAUAAACUACCGUAAGGGCCCCACACCCAUCCCUACAGACCCAUUCCCCCAGUAAAAAAUUUAACUGUCAAAAUAAAAAUGGCUACUAAAGAAA